ACUUACACUCGUUCUUCCCUUCCUGUCCCUGCCCCUCGUUCUUCUGUGGCUCCCAAGGCCACGUCCACUCGUUCAUCUAUCCCCACCCCUGCCCCUCGCUCUCCUGUGGCUCCUCGGACCACGUCCUCUCCUUCUGUGGCUCAGGCCACGUCCAUUCCCUCUCCCCCUUCCCUGUCCCCGGGUGCGUCGUUCCUGAAAAGGUUCGACGAAAAGCACCCAUCCACUCGUUUACCUGUGGCUCCUCGGACCACGUCCAUUCCUUCUCCUGUGGCUCCUCGGACCACGUCCACUACUUCUGGUAAUAGCCGUCCGUCUCGCCUUCAGGCGUUGCGGGAGGCGUAUUACCGAUCCCGCGAGGCCAGGGCUCGAUCCGAUGCAGCCCUUGCGUCCACCAAGGACGGAGCAGCUCCGGCUGCGAAGUCUGCGGCUCGCAAGGGUAAGUCGGUGAAGAGUGUCCAGUUUAGCGAGGUCACCACAGUCGUUACCGUCACAGGUCCGGGCGAGAGACGACAUUGA